AUGUCAUUUUAUUGUUUUGAAACGAGGCAGGACAGAACUCUUGCUCCAUAUCCACCCCCAGAGUGUAGUCAACAGCUUGACCGGAUGUCUCCGUCAGAAAUUGUAGACCAUAUAAUCGCAACGAAUAUUGACCCAUCAACUCUUGUAAAAAUUGAAAAACAAAUCGCUGUACCGCUUCGUCAACUUAUUUCACCAAGAGAAAAUCGACGUAGAAGAUGUAUUCCAAGGCCUCAAAAUAAUUUUGUAUUAUACAGAAGAAAUUUUCAUGCCGUUAUUACUAAAGAAAGAGGUCACGCUGUGGCUAAAAAUUUUAAACUUAUUUCAAAUGAAGCUGCUAAAAAUUGGUCUGAAGAAAGUAAUGAAGUUAAACAACUUUAUGAAUUAAUAGCUGAUUGUGCUAAAAAAGUUCAUGAUUGUACCUAUCCUCAAUACGUUUAUCAACCAAAACAUAAAUCUUCAAAGAAAGGAAAUAAUACUAUAUUUAGAGAAGUUACUAUGGACACUUGUAAGCAACGAUCAGAAAAAUCUAAAUCUGAUCAGACAUCAAUAAAAGAUUAUCCUCAACAACAUUUAAUUAAAGAAUGGCGUUGGGCUCAUUACGGUCAAACCGAUACACGUUCUGUUCAUAAUGAUCAAUACAAGAUACCACCUCCUCAAUCUCCUAAACCAAUGCAAGGUAAUGUAUGGAGUUUAGUUAAUGGGUUAACCACUUUGUAA